UUCCGCUAGUCUGCGCUCGUGAGAAGCGAGCGCUCUCACCAUCAUCAUCAUCAUUUCCAAAAUGGCGACGUACAGGGCCAGGUUGAAGGAGUUUGAGGACUGUCUUGAGACGGAGAAAAUUGACGUCAAACAUCUUAGAUCGCUGUGCUUCCAAGGGAUCCCCGAUGGCCGGGGGCUGAGGGCAAAGUGUUGGAAGAUCCUGCUGAACUACCUGCCGCCUCUCACCACAGAUUGGCCCGACUUCCUCAAGAAACAAAGAGGGGUGUACCAGCAGCUGUUGGAAGAGCUGAUCAUCACCCCCGGGAAGCAGGGCUCGGGGAACUCCAGGGAGGACGUCACCUUCGCAGACCAUCCGCUGAACCCAAACCCAGACAGCCAGUGGAGUCAGUACUUCAAGGACAACGACGUUCUGCUGCAGAUAGACAAGGACGUCAGGCGGUUGUGUCCGGACAUCUCGUUUUUCCAGCAGGCGACCGACCACCCGUGCGAGCGACUGGUGAAUGCCGAGAGCGGGAUUGAGACUCUCAGGAAACGCGUCGAGCACACGAUCCUGAAGGCAGCAAACGUUGGGAAAAACCGGCUGGGAAUCACCGUCACUAACGUGAGAUGUAGCACGCGGCGUAAGGUGGCAGUGGAGGAAUACGAGACGCUUCCCGAGGGUCAGGAGGCUCACUGGGAGGUGGUGGAGAGAGUUCUGUUCCUGUACGCAAAACUCAACCCUGGGCAGGGAUAUGUUCAGGGCAUGAAUGAGAUCAUCGGACCGCUGUAUUACGUCUUCGCUUCAGAUCCAAACAAGGACUGGCAAGAACACGCGGAGGCCGACACGUUCUUCUGCUUCACGAAUCUGAUGUCUGAGAUCAGAGAUAACUUCAUUAAGAUGUUGGACGACUCGGCUUCAGGAAUCGGUUCUUCCAUGCAGAAUGUCUUAACUCUGCUGAAGAAGCACGACCAGCAACUCUGGAGAUGUCUGGAGGAUCGAGGAGUAAGACCACAGUUUUACCUGUUCAGAUGGUUGACCUUGCUACUGUCACAGGAGUUUAAAAUGCCAGAUGUGAUCAGAGUCUGGGACUCUCUGUUUGCAGAUCGGCGAAGAUUCGACUUUUUGUACUGUGUAUGCUGUGCCAUGAUCAUCUGUAUCCGGACUAGAAUUCUGGAGGGGGAUUUCUCGGACACCAUGAGGACACUACAGAACUACCCAGACGGAGACAUCCAUGUUGUCCUGAGGAAAGCUGUGGAGAUCUGCCCAUCUUGAGACAUGCUGCAUCUUAGACUUUACUGAAGACAUGCCCCUUCUUAGACCCAGUCUUGUGACCUUGUCUACCUUUUCUAAGACAUUUCUUGAUCCUUAGACCAAUUCUGAAGACAUGCCCCUUCUUACAACCAGUCUUGUGACCUUGUCUACCUUUUCUAAGACAUUUUUAGAUCCUUAGAGCAUCUGUUCUGAAACAAUGCUUAUCAGAAGGAAUAAUCCUAUGUCUUAAAGACUGAGACCCUCUACACGUAAAUGUCUUCAGGAGUUUUUCUGAAGCUCCUUAAGACUGUCUCAGAUCACCUGAAGGUGGCUUAUCUAUUAUCCUCUUUUAUCCUUUUAAUGUGUGUUUAAUUUUAAACAGCAAGAGCCACCAAAUUUCUUUAGUUUCAUAUCUAAGGGAAGUGGUUAA